UCGAUUCUCACAUAUGCUCCGUUAACUGCUGUGUGACCUUGGGCUCGACACAACCUUUCUGGUCUCCGAAGUGAGCAAGUUGGAUUAGACCAGCAUAUAGAGCAGAAUGCAGACCACGGGGACCCUCCUCAUUUCUCCAGCCCUGAUCCGCUGCUGUACCAGGGGUCUGGUCAGGCCUGUAUCUGCAUCUGUCCUGAAUAGGUCAGAGAUCCGUUUUAAACAGCCCACUUCUAGCAGUACCCCACUCCAGCUGGCCCGUCGGGAGUUCCAGACCAGUGCUAUUUCCCGGGACGUCGACACAGCUGCCAAGUUCAUUGGGGCUGGGGCCGCCACGGUUGGUGUGGCUGGCUCGGGGGCAGGUAUCGGGACAGUCUUUGGCAGUUUAAUCAUCGGCUAUGCCAGGAACCCAUCUCUCAAGCAGCAGCUCUUCUCCUAUGCCAUCCUGGGCUUUGCCCUGUCUGAAGCUAUGGGGCUCUUCUGUUUGAUGGUAGCCUUCCUCAUCCUCUUCGCCAUGUGAGGCCUCUGGAGGGUCUCCUGCCUCCAUCCCGCUGCUUUGACUCCAGCCCCAAGCCCCUUGCUGGAGUGUGCUGAGCUUUAACAUUAAACACCAUGUUUCUCUAAACUCA